UUGCUUUAUGAACUGAUGUCCACAAGAAAAACAUUUUAAAAUACUUUUUUUUUUUUUAAAAGACAAUUCUCUGCAAUUUGAUCCUUUGACCAUGUCAGGCUGAUAUUCACAACCAGGCUUGCUGCCUUGCCUCAUAGUGGUGCCUGGGUGGAAUUGGUGGUGAGAGGGGACGACUAGGCCAAAGGGUAGCAAAACGAGGCUCUCGUGGGAGUGCGUAAGGGGGUGCGAGAUUAUCUCCAUUGUACUGUGCGAUCUGUCAAUGUCCAGGCGCCGUCCCACAAGAGGGACGUAAAUGGCGUGUCCUGCACGGUUUGCCUAGUACAGUAUACGAAUAUGAUGGGGGUCCCAGUGGUGCGGCCUUCAGCUGCGUCACUACUCAGCGAGUCUGGAGUACCCGUGUCCAUUGGAAGUGAACACAAAAUCAAACUCUAAGUUUAGCCCCGAGUCUCACCCCCCGUCGGACAGGAUAGCGGGAAGGAGGAACUCGCUGUCCAAUUCAGGCUGGUAAAAGAGAGCUUUUGUUCACUUUUGUUCGCUUUUGCUGGCCUUAGUGUUCCAAGUGCAACGCACAACACUACUAGACUAUUUCAGAUGGUUGAUAUUCACUUGGGCAGUUCGCACCAGCAGUUCCUGUACUUCCGUCCUCGACACAGUUGACCCUCAUAACUAGCUGACCUGUGUCUCAUGUGUCAGCUGUUAGUACAUGCACUGCUACUUCUACCCAUGCUGUUAUAACAAUACAAUGCUAAAACUUGAAAAUAAAAGUUUUUUAUUUAAUUAAUAGCUAUCUUUAUCUCCCUUAACCCUCAAAAUGCGUUGGGCCUCGAUCGUAGCUUGAUGUAAACAGAAAUUAUAAGGCGUGAGGCCACGAUCGUGGCUUCGUUUAUAUACUGUUGUUUCUUUCGUAUUUUCUUGGUAAUUAGUUGCAAAACUGUACAUAUCCAUUUACUUCCUUCACUUCCGACUGAAUUUGCAAAGGUCGCCAAGUUAAUUUCUUUCUAUACGUUUUUAAUCAAUCAAAAAUGAGUAGUGACAGUGAAGUUGAUUUUCCAAAUCGGAAUAAAGACAACCUAACUGAUGAGGAAUUUAUGGAUUCUGAUUUAGAUGAAGAUUUAUCUGAAUCAGAUGAGGCAGAAUCUUUUACACCUUCUGCUGAAGAAUGGAGACCUGUUGAUGAUCAUGACUGUGGUCCCAGGCCAGUUUUAUUUACAGCCCAUCCAGGCCCAAAACAUGCACCAGCUCCAGAUGCAAAGCCUGUGUCAACCUUUGUCAACCUUUUUUUGACAGAUGACAUUGUAAAUUUGGUUGUCAACGAAACCAAUAAAUAUGCCAGGCAAUUCAUCGAAGAUAACCACAAAAACCUGGAAACCACGCCAAGAUCUCGUGUCCACAAGUGGACACCUAUCUCAAAUGAAGAGUUUAGGGCAUUUUUAGGUGUGACAAUGAACAUGAGAUUAAAUAAAAAGCCCAACUACAACGCAUAUUGGUACUCCUGCAAUCUGAGCCAAGAAACACCUUGGUUCCCUGUCCACAUGAACUGAGAUCGCUAUCAGAUCAUUCUAAAAUUUCUUCAUUUCCCUGACAACAUGCUGUUACCAGAUAGAAAUGAUAUUGGUUUCAAGCUUUUCAAGGUCCAAGAACUUAUAAAGCAUUUCAAUGCUAAAUUCAAAUACUUUUACCACCCCACUCAAAAUGUCAGCAUUGACGAAAGUAUGAUUGGGUUCAAAGGAAAAAACCCUCAUAUCCGCCAGUUUAUGCCAAACAAGAGGCAUGCCAGAUUCGGCAUUAAGAUGUGGUGUUUAUCAGACAGUGCUAAUGGCUAUCUUUGCCAUUUUGAAAUAUGUGAGGGCAGUCAAGGAAGAAGAAUCGGCAAUGGCAGGUCUUAUACACAUGAGCUUAUUAUUAGGCUUAUGACUGCAGCCGGUCUGUUAAACAGAGGACACCAUUUGGGGAUAGACAAUUUUUUUACCUCCAUAGAAUUAUUGGAAGAACUUUUUACUGAAAACACUACAGCUAUAGGAGCUGUUAGAUCUAACAGAAAAGGGCUACCAGAUGUUUGUGUCAAAACAAAAUUGAAAAACAAGGAACUCAUCGCAGCCAGAAAAGAUAAUCUGCUUUGCUUGGCUUACCAGGAUAAUAGCAGAAAGCCAAUCUUGCAGUCUACUGCUAGUAAAGCUGGUCUCAUUGAUACAGUAAACAGCAGGAAACAACCUGUAACAAGACCUGCUGUGAUUCAUGCCUAUAACCAGGCCAUGGGUGGUGUUGACUUCUGCGCCGAAAAACUUUACAUGGCUGAGCGCCGAAGCUUGAAAUGGACAAAUAAAGUUUUUUUUUCCCUAUUUGGAAGAGCUAUUCUAAAUAGCUAUAUAAUCUACCAUAGCAACACAUCAGACAGACCAAAGCUCUCAAGGUACAAUUUCAUUGUGUCUGCACUAGAGAGCAUGACAUCAAACUUUGUACCCCAAAAAGUGAUACGUCGAAAACGCACUAGAGUAGAGAUGGAGGCUGCAAGAAUGGGUCCAACACCACUAACCCAGACUGUAGCAGGUCAUCCACUUGAUGGACAUGAUCUUAUCAAACUGCCAGUGGGGAAAAAAUGACAGUGUGUUGCUGGUCAUCCAGCUCCUGUCAGAACUGGGUGGGAGUGCACAGGAUGCAAAGUUGGACUGUGUCCAGAGUGUUUUGCUAAAUAUCACAGACAGUUGUAAAUAAUCAUUCUUUCUACUUUUACAACUCUUAUAUAUGUGUAUGUAUAUAUUUUUUU